AUGUCAUUAAAGAAUCCAGAUUGUUUAGAAGUAAUAUUUGAAAAUCUAAAGGAUGAAGUCACAACACUUCAUUCGUGUCAUUUAGUUAAUAGGUUAUGGUGUCGACUUACAACACCAAUAUUGUGGCGUAAUCCAUUAAAAUUUACGAGUGGUAGAACUAAUGCAACAUAUCAAGUCAUCCAAAUAUAUAUCUCAUGCCUUUCCGAACCCAAGAGAAAAAUCAUUGAAGCAAUUUUACCAAGAUUAUUCUUUAAUGAGAAACCUUUAUUUGAUUAUCCAACACAUUUACAAGAAUUCAAUGAAAAAGAAUUCGAGAUAGGAAUUAGAAUUUGGAUGAGUAUGAUUGAAAAUGAAAAGUUUAUAAUGAUACAUAGUAAUGGUAGUGGAUCGAAAAGGGAACAUUAUACAAUGAGAAGAUUUAAGAAUGAAAAUUUGGAGGCACAAUGUGAUUUGGUUUAUGACAUUUUAUUUGAAUUAUUAUUUAAGAGUUCAAAAAGGUUACGCACCAUUAGAAUUUUACCGAUGGAUGGAUGUCAAUGGAAGGAAAAGGGAAUAGAUGGUAUCGUUAAAGUAAAUCACCUCUUAUAUUCCUUGCAAAAAUUUAUCUUUUGUUGUAAAUGUAAGGAAAUUAAUUCAAAUCUUGACAAGAUUUCAAACUUGUUUACGACAAUGUCAAAGCACGUUCAUGAUUUACAACAUUUAUUUAUCGACAUCAACGAACGUUCCACACAUCUCGUACAACAUAAACUUUUCCCACUCGUUAAAUCAAUUUCCUCUUUAAUUGAAUCACAAAAUUCUCUCAAGGUUUUAAUUAUAAAUCAAUUUUGGGAUUGUUCAACCUGUUAUUUAAUUGAGUACGCCCUUUCAAGGCAAGCCCCUUCCCUAAUAUAUUUAGAGAUUAAUGAAUUUUACAAUUAUAAUGUAAUCUUACAAAUCUUACCCCUAUGUAAAAAUUUAGAGACUAUCAAAUUUAGUCAUCCGGUUCCAUUGAAAUUUGAUCGUACAUUUGAUUCCACUCCAUUACCUUUGUUAACCUCAAAUAAUCUUCCCAUUAAAAAUUUUUAUUCCUUGAUGGAUAAUUAUAAUCAUGACAUUACUUUAACUACGACGGAAUUAAUCUUGAGAAUGUCAAAUCGAUUCCUUCAAACCCUUUCCCUAUCAAAGAUCACGGAAACUUUGGUCAAUACAAUUACAAAAUAUUGUUCUCAAUUAACUCAUUUAUCAUUUGUUUUUCACACGAGAGAGAUUAAAUCAAUUUGUUCUUUACUUUCUUCACUUCCUUCCCUAAAACAUUUAAUCCUCAUACAUUAUGAUUUAAAUCAACCGACAAAUGAUUAUUUAUUCUAUCAAUUGGCCAACUCCAUUCCUAAUACCUUAACCCAUCUUGGUUUCGAUUUCGAGUUGUCUCCCAAACUUUUAAACGUUUUCUUGUCUCAUUGUCCCCAUUCAAUUAAUAUUCUUACCUUUCAUGGUACGAAAUGGUAUCGAGAAGAUUACCUAUCUGGAAUUGUUAAAUAUGUUGAAAAGAAACGUAAUGGUUUAAAAGAAUUGAGGAUUGAAAAAUUCAAACGAAGUGAUGAAGCUUUCUUACCUUUAUUCUUCUUGAAUGCGUUAAAAGAUGCAAAAAAAAUAAUACCCGUGAUCAAGGAUUCUAGUUCUGCCUUUGUCCCGUUUUUUGGUGAGUAA